CUUCACUGAUGUGGGAGUUAAACUCCAGAGAAAAGCAUGGGACAACGCCAUGGAUGCAAAGAUUGGGUCAAGUCUGGCCAUCAAGAACCUGGCCACGUCCGUGUGGGGCUCGGACGUGCUGCUGACAAGGACCGUGACGGGAGUGCCAUCAAAUGCGAACAAGGAGAAAGAGUCGAGGCCACCUUUAACGCCCAAGAAGGUGGCAUUCUUAAGAGAGUGCCUCAUCAAAAAACUUCACGGGCAAGCGAUGCACCCAGAGGUGAUUGCAGUUCAAGCCACCACCACCAGGGUGAACAGGGUACUCGGUGAAAAAAUAAACGAUCUCAGACGCCGGGACAAGCGUCUGACUAAGGACUAAAUAAAAACAAGACCAGCCGGUUCGUGGCAAUGGCUCAAUCAAAUAUGGCAGUCAAGCAUCCAUUUCCCGCAGGCCCCACACAGAUCGCCCACAGAGCGUAGGAUUAUGAAACCGUGUGGGUCACCCACAUGGUCUCCACAGUCCUGUAGGUCUGCGGGCCCCACAGGCUAUGCG